UCAUAUUUUUUACAAUAAAAUGAUACAAGCAUUCAAGGCAGUCUUAAAUGGCACAAUUUACUUCGUUAGAGGCAAAGUCACCAUAUAAAGUGCCAGAAACCAAAGAUUGAGCGAUGAAAUGGAGAAUCAACCCUCCAUGGCAUUAACCAGUUUCAUUCUUUCUUUAAUACCUUCCUGCCUUUCUUGAACCAUUCUUAGUCCACGCCUCAUUCUUAUAUUAGUCUAUUCUUUCUGUUUUAUUUCCCCUUUCAUUACCCCAAAAAAAAAAAAAAAAAAAAACAAAAGCAUUUUCCAAAUAAACCAGGCUUGUUCUUUUAGUCUAUAUAUAUAUAUAUAUACAUAUAAAACAAUUGCAACAAAAACAGAAAGAGGGCGGAGAGAGAAGUUGAUCAUUUCUUGAAACAAGAAUGCUUAAAUGGGAACAUGUUGUGUUGAUAGCAAUAGGUAUCAUAGUUCUUGCGAUCCUUAUUGUCGUGUUGAUUAGGCGGCGUUUAUGUUUCAAACAAGUUAGAGAUGUUGUUGUUGACACAGCAAGAACAAGACCAGAAAGAUUGCAAGAUGGGAUUGCAAAGCUUCAUCAAGGGAAUAAUACCAGUCUUCAUCAUCAGCUUGAAUUAGAUGGCAAAAGAAAAGGAAAUUAUUAUGUCUUCCGACGUGGGGUUCCGACAAGACCUUUGUUCAGUUGGGCUGAUCAUCCAUCACUCAUUACAGAUGCAGUUGAAAAUGGAUGGUCUAGAUUUGGUUUCACAGGUUUUAUGUCCUCCCCAUCUUCACGGUCAUCGUUGUUAGGCUUAUGUGCAGUUGGUGAUUAUGGAAGAGAAGCAGAGACAGAGAUAAGUUGGGAAGUAUGUCAAGGAUCAGCAGAUUUUAUGCAAAAAAUAAGGCUAAAUUCAGGGUUAAAGAAAAUUAAUGCAACUAAUAGUCCUCCUAUGUCUGCUGCUUCUGUAAUCAGGACUGGUUUGCCCUUACCAGGGCCUCCUUUGGGUAAUUCAGCUUUUCCUCAAGAAGCCUAUUUUGAGAUAACAGUUUUGUAUUGUCAAGGGAAUUAUCACGAUCAUUCUGUUGUCGCCAAGAUUAGAGAAGGCGAGAAGACUAAACUAAUCCAAGAAAAUUCUAACCACAGAAUGAAUUCAGAAUCUUUAGCACAUGUUACUAGUAGUCAUCGAUUUAACAAGUUUGAAGAACUGAAGCUUGCUACUGGUAAAGAUGAAGGCAAAGACGAAGCUGUUAUGUUAUCUUUAGGACUCACCACAGGAGGUUCUCUUCCUUUGAGACUUCCUGGAAGUUAUCCAGGAUCCAUAGGGUUCAACUCCAAUGGUUCUGUUUAUCUUGAUGGUAUUAAACUUGUGUUUGAAUCUGAAAAAGGAGACUGGGCAAGCAAGGACAAAGUAAUUGGGUGUGGUUUUGAUCCAAGGCAAAAGAAAGUAUUUUUCACAGUGGAUGCAGAGUUGGUGCAUGUAAUUAAUUGCAAGACAGAAGAAUUCGGGAGUCCAUUAUACCCAACAAUUGCAGCCAACAAUGACGUAUUAGUUCUUGUAAAUUUUGGACAAAGUGCAUUCAGUUAUGCACAGGCAAAUGCUCAGAGAACACCGAAUCCUUGCUUCAUUGGGCCGCUUGUAAAUUCACCUGCUCUGGGCUAUGAAGACAGUAAAGAACUAUUUUCAAUGGGCAGAAUUGAUUCUCAAUGGCUUAACAGAUGUACAACUAAAGCUAGCCUUCACAGCAGCAGCAACCACCACCACAAUGGUACUAGUAAUAAUCGAGCAGUUGAUUUCGAUGAAGAGUCUGAAGCAGAUUUGUUUGAAAUUGUACUGGAUGGCACCGGUAGAUCUCCAAAUAUAGUGUUAUAGAUUUAUAUACACACACACAAUCACUAACAAUUUUCUGCAUCAGUGUUUACUGUUUAUUCUUUCUGUGUGCAAGAGUGAUCAUGGAUUUUGCGAGGACCAUCAGAAUUCUUCUUCUGUCUUUGAUAGUUAACAUCAGAGAAAGAAAAUCUUUGGGAUAGGAUAGAUAGAAAACACGCUUUUCUGAGGACCAUUCUUUAUUGAUACAUAUUGUCUCUUUGAUGGGUUUUAUAUCAGGAAUAUACAAUCUUGUACAGUCGAUGCUAAUGUUCAUUGAAAUGUAAAUUGGUGGUCCUUAUUUCACAUA